AUGUCCAUGGAUAUCGGCAGCUUAUGUGCAUCAUCGGCCGUAUGGUCGAGUUCACUGCUAUUAAUGCACAUCGCGAGCUACCUACCUCGGAAUUUCAUCGCUUGUAGUCUACGACUCGUUGACAAGCACUCUCGUGAGCUCUUCAGGGGCCAGGACUACACUACCAUUCAUCUGUCCGAGGCUUGCUCCAUCGCUGUUUUCGAGCAGUACUGGGAAAAACCAGAGGCAACGCAAAAAAUGAGCAUAACGCAGCGGAUUCAGCUGGUCUGCUUGACCUCAGCUAGCGGAGUUCUCGAGAACCUACAAGUGGCUCUCAACGCCGCCGACUGUGCCCCAGUAGAGGAGAUGAUGGAGGCUGCUGCGGCGGCCGGCAGCUUGCAAUCCUGCAAGUGGCUUCGCGCGCGGGGAUGCCCCUGGGGCAAGGCUCUGGCCGCAGCUGGUCUGGGGGGCCACCAGGAAGUAUUCGAGUACCUGAUGCUUAUGGGCUGCACCUGCGAUGACGAUGCCCUGUAUGCGCCAGCUCGAGGCGGGCAUUGGGGCCUCAUGGAAUGGCUGUCGCUUACACGGCCCUCCCGGAAUGGCAAAGUGCACAUCGGUAAGCUCAUGGCGGCGGCAGCGGAGGGCUGUGACCUGAACGCCUUUCAGAAGCUGCAUGAUGUAUGGCUAGGGGGAUUUACAGGGCUGCUGCGCGCGACACGUCAUCAGCUAUACGGACCAAAGCAGUCCGCUGUCCUCGUUGCAGCUGCCAGCAGCCCCAGCCCUGAUUGGCGGGCCAAGGUGGAGUGGCUGGAGGCCAAGCGGUAUCCUCGCAGCCCUGAGGUGGCUGCAGCUGCUGCUAGCCUCCCUGACGGCCGGGACAGAUUGCGCUGGCUACAAGAGCGAGGCUAUCCAAUGGGAUUGUUCAACUCUGAGACCUUCCGGAAGGCGGGCCGUGCUGGGAACUUUCCCUUGGUGCAGUACUUGCUGCAGGAGUUCGUUCUCUACAACUUCACGAGGGAUGCCGCUGAGGCAGCUGCUGAGGCGGGUCAGCUGGACUUCCUGAAGGCCCUUCAUGCGCUAUGCCAGCUGGACAGUGAGGCGUCACGGAGCUUGGCGCUGUAUGCCUGCCGCAGUGGCCACCAGGCAGUGGUUGCUUGGGCUGUUCAGGAGCUGCAGUACGACGCGAGUGGUGACCCUGAGGCGCUUUCCGCGGCGGCAGAGUCCGGCAACGUUGCGCUUAUGGCUUGGAUCUGGGCCCGGAGCCAGCUGUCGUCUGGGAAGUGCAUGGAGGGGGCCGUGAAGAGCGGCUGCAGGGAGGCACUCCAGUGGAUGGAGGAACACGGGCUUCUGAUGAAGGGGGACUUGGGCACCAUGUACUACAUCGCUGCCCGCAACGGGGACCUAGCUACCCUGCGCUGGAUCAGGGGGAGGCUGCCCGGAACACUCCCUGAGGGCCUUAUCUCUCGAUGCGUGCACACGAGUUGCCCUCCAUCAGCAAUCCGCUGGCUCGUGGAGCUGGAUGACCAGCCCGAUUGGUUGACAGCGGAGCUUGGCGCUGCUCUGCACUGCGUGCAUAGCUGGCUACAACUUCAACGGAUUCCCAGCCUGACCACAAGUCGUAGCAGCAGCACUGCAGCGGAGUUGCAGCCCCAACAGCUAGAGGAGAUGCAGCAGGCGCUGCAAGCGGAAUUGGAAGAUCUUGUGCGGAAAUUACAGCUGUCACCGUCGCUGCGAAUGGAGCCUGCAAGGGUCCAUUUGGCGGCUGUCCAUGACGAUGAGCAGUGGAGCUGCAGCGGUGACUAG